AUGACCAUAGCGAACUACGUCCACUCGACGGCUUUGGCGGAGUUGUCGAGUGAAAGUGCGAGUACCGUGUUCGGAGGAAAUUUUGUUUCACUGCUGGGGGCAGCUGCCAUUCAGAACUAUUCUGCUCUUUCUGCGUUCAUCUUGCUCGUGUGGGACUACGUGGAUACUCUAACGGAUGAAGUGCACUAUAUCUGGGGCCAGCGUUUGACGCCAGUAAAGUUCGCCUUUCUGUUCGCCCGGUACUACGGCCUCGCAUCGCAGUUCACGAACUACGUCCUAUUAAUGACCCGAUUGUCGAGGAUGCCCGUCGAUCAUCAGAUGUGCAAGGGAUGGUAUGGAUUUCAGACAGUAUCAUUCUGGCUGCUCUAUACCUCCAGCGACCUAGUCCUGAUGAUGAGAGUUUACGCCCUGUACAAGCAUUCGCAGAACAUUGGAAUGUGUCUCCUCUUCCUACAUACCAUGGAGGGCAUUGUCGUCAGCCUCGUUGGUUGGCACACGCUCGAACAUAUUCAAUUCAAUGCCGCCUGCGAUGCGAUUUCCAUACCACCUGACGUGAUAGCUUUUGCAACGGUCGUCAUCGUGUCGCAGUGCGUGGUUUGGGUGCUGACUUACUACAAACGCAACGUUGGCCAUGGACAGAGCGUGCCUGUUGUGGAUGUCGUCAUUCGGGAUGGGCGAUUGGCUUGGUUCGUUGUUUGUGGUAUGUCACCCGAGAAGUUCCUAGUGACGUACGGAUCGACUGACGCCUACUCGAGUUAUUAUUGCUGCGACUGUUCUUCCUUCUUUCUGCCGCCAGGUUGUGAAACCCCAUCUCUUAUUUUCAUGGCCUAUUACUGUGUUGUCAGUAGGGACAUGCCGCUUGGUUCUGAAUAUUCAAAAAUCGCUUCAAGUGGUGCAACUUUCAGUAGCAUUGCCCCGAGCCUGGCCAGCCGCUCGGGCUCCCAUUUCUCCUCCGAGCCCAAUCCAUUCGCUUUUGAUUGGCACAAUACCCCUGCCUACGCCCGCUCCGCCUCUUCCAUCGCUAAAUCAGAAAACGCCAACGCCAAUUCCAUACCAAGUUCCCCCAGCAUCCCCUCCCUUCACUUUGAUGGAAGGUCAUCGAUAUCGCGGACCAAGCACCCGACUGAGCUAUGCCGGUUAGAGCAUAUCGACAGCAGGGUCAGCAGCUGCCAGAGCUCGGCGAAAGCUAGGAGCUGGCAUAGCAGCUGUGACAUCGAAAUUGGCAGCGAGUGCACAAACACAAGUAUGGACUCUGCCGAGCUGAGAGAGUACUGGAACGAACUUCUGUAA